AACAGAGUCAUGUCUAUCCGGACUGUUAGGAACUAAGAUGGAGGAUUGGGAAGAGCGAAAUAUGGACCUGUAUUGAAUUUUGUAGAUCCAAGGAUUUCGUUUCUUUUCCGUACUUAUGGAGGAACUUUUAGGAUCUGAUAAUGCCUAGAAAGGGGAACGGGCAGCUGCCGUUACCGGACGGCUGGGAAGAAGCGAGGGAUUACGAUGGCAAAGUGUUUUAUAUCGACCAUAAUACUAAGCAAACCAGCUGGAUCGACCCAAGGGACAGGCUGACGAAGCCCCUGUCGUUUGCGGACUGUGUGGGAGAUGAGCUGCCCUGGGGCUGGGAGGCCUCUUACGACCCGCAGAUCGGCAUCUUCUACAUCGACCACAUCAACAAGACCACGCAGCUGGAGGACCCUCGGAAGGAGUGGCGAAAGGAGCAGGAGCGCAUGCUGAAGGACUACCUGACGGUUGCGCAGGACGCCCUCAGCACGCAGAAGGAGCUGUACCAGGUGAAGGAGCAGAGGCUGGCACUCGCCCUGGACGAAUAUGUGCGCCUCAACGACGCCUACAAGGAGAAGUCCAGCUCUCGCACCAGCUUGUUCUCAGGGUCAUCGUCCAGCACCAAGUACGACCCCGACAUCUUAAAAGCCGAGAUAUCAACCACUAAAGUCAGGGUAAAUAAACUGAAGAGAGAACUGUCACAAAUGAAGCAAGAACUUCUGUACAAAGAACAGGGCUUUGAAACCUUGCAACAAAUCGACCAAAAAAUGUCUGGUGGCCAGAGUGGGUACCGGCUGAAGGAGGCUAAGGCCAUUGUGACUGAGCUGAAAUCCAUUCGCAAGGCCAUCAGCUCCGGGGAGAAGGAGAAACAGGACCUGAUGCAGUGCCUGGCUAAACUGAAGGAGCGCUUCCAUUCGGACCAGAACAUGGGCCGCUCGGAGCCGGACCUGCGGCAGCCUGCAGCGUCUCACCUCCUGCUGUCCCGACACACCCUGGACGCGGGGUCCCAGACCGACGUCUCGGGAGAGGCCGGUUUGGGGAGCAGGUCCACCCUGGCAGAGAAGGUCCGCCUGAGCCUUCAGUACGAGGAGGCCAAGAGGAGCAUGGCGAAUGUGAAGAUCGAGCUGGCGAAGCUGGACGGCGAGGCGUGGCCGGGCGCUCUGGACGUGGAGCGGGAGCGUCUGAUGCUCCUCAGUGAGAAGGAGGAGCUGCUGAAGGAGCUGCAGUUCGUCACGCCGCGCAGCCGCACGCAGGGGGAGCUCCAGCGCCUGGAGGCCCAGAGGCACCGUCUGGAGGAGGAGCUGCUGUCCGUCCAGAGCACCCCCAGCCAGGCGCUGGCCCAGAGGUUGAAGGCCCAGGAGAGGAGGAGAGCCCUGGUUCAGAGGCUGGAGGAGUCUACCAGGCUGGCCACACUCCUGCACUCUCAGCUCAAAAGCCUGUCGGCCAGCACGCUGUCGGUGUCGUCGGGCAGCAGCCUGGGCUCCCUGGCCUCCAGCCGCGGCUCCCUGAACGCCUCCAGCCGCGGAUCCCUCAACUCUCUGAGCUCCAGCGACCUGUACUACAGCCCCCCGGAGCAACCGCUGGACCUGGACUACCAGUACAAGCUGGACCUGCUGCUGCAGGAGAAGCCCUCCUACUGCCCCUCCGGCCCGAUCACCACCAUCCACGAGCACGAGGUGGCCCGCAGCCCCGCCCCGGCCGGCCCCGCCCCGCCCCGCCCGUCCGAGCCGCCCAAGUCGGUGGCGUCCCUGUCCUCGCGCUCCUCCCUGUCCUCGCUGUCGCCCCCGGGCUCGCCGCUGGUGCUGGAGGGGGCCUUCCCGCCCGCCGUCCCCGACGCGCCCCCGCCCUUCGGAGACGCGGGCGACGUCAUCGCGGGGGAUUUCACAGGGCUCGGCUUCUACGACAACCACAUCCUGCUGGACUCAGAGACCGGGGAGAAGGACCUGGGCGACGGCGUCCGCCGGGUCCCCCUGGCGACGCUCCGCGAAGGGAUGACGGAGGCGGAGCUGCAAAGGGGGGCGGGGUGUGUGUUGGAGGAGAAGUCCGCGUGUGUGUCGGCGGCCGUGUCGGACGAGUCUGUGGCGGGAGACAGCGGCGUUUACGAGGCGUCCGUCAAGCGGUCCAAUGAGGCGGAGGACCAGGUGUACGUGGAGGAUGAACCCAGUGUGCCAGAGGCUGCUCAGGUCCAGAUGGGGUUCAAGUACGACAUGGCCAAUGGGAGUUUUGUCAUUGUCGUCAUGCAGCUACAGAACCAGGCAGCCCUCCUGGUUCCUCCCAGUACCAAAGUGUACGUCCGCGUGGCUCUCCUGCCCUCCUCCAGUGACGUCAGCAGUCUGUUCCGCACGCGGGUGCAGGCCCUGGGGGCGGGGGGCGCGGUGCUGAACGACGUGUUCCGCGUGGCCGAGUCCCAGACCACCCUCCGGCAGAAGACCCUGCGGGCCGACGUCUGCACCGUCUCCACGUCCCGGAGGGAGGAGUGCCUGGCGGGAGCCCACAUUAGCCUGGCUGACAUCCCCAUGACGGGAGACCUCUCCAGCCACUGGUACAACCUCCUGACCUGCAAGAGGAGCAAGAGCUCCGGGGAGGAGAGAACAGCUCCCCCGCCCGAACAGCUCCCCAGCGGGGGCGUCGACCUGGACGCCGUGUCUGCCCUGCUGGAGAGGACCUCCUCUGAGCUGGAGGCGGUGGUGCAGGAGCUGGCUCAGGAGGAGAGGGACAGCCAGCUGGACAUGACCGAGGAGUGGCAGGGGGAGCUUGGUGAGAACAGUGCGGAGCUUAUUCUGGGAGUAGAAGAGGAGGAGGUCGAGGAGGAGGAGGAAGAGGAGGAAGAGUCGGGGGUAAAAGCGGCAGCGGAGGCCGAGGAGUGCGCCAGACCCUACGCAGAGGAGGAAGAGGAGGGGAUCGAAGAAGAAGAGGCGGAGGAGGAAGAGGGGGGAGACGAAGGGGGCUCGUACCAGAUGCCUGAAGGACCAAUGCUGGUGGAUAAGGAGACGAACACGGACGAGGCGGGGCCGGGGGGCCUGGCGGUGCGGCCCAAAGACCGGAGCGCCCUGGCCUCCAGACAGCGGCCCUUCGUCAGGAACAGCAUGAUCAUGCGCUCACAGACCUUCUCCCCCGGAGAGCGCAACCAGUACAUAUGCAGGUUAAACAGAAGCGAUAGUGACAGCUCGACGUUAUCCAGAAAAUCCCCGUUUGUCCGGAACGCCUCGGAGAGACGCAGCUUGAGGGUGAAACGGACCAUAUGUCAGCCUGCGGUUCGCCGGGCCCCGGACCACCCGGCCCGGACGUCUCUGGACCUGGAGCUGGACCUCCAGGCCUCGCGCACGCGGCAGAGCCGGCUGGACGACGAGCUGCAGGCGCUGCGGGGGCUGAAGGAGCGUCUGGAGGCCCUGAAGGCCCGCGGAGAGACCGAGCUCCCGCCCAGCGUCCUGGAGGACGAGCGCUUCCACAAGCUGCUGAGGCAGGCCGAGAAGCAGGCGGAGCAGUCGAAAGAGGAGCAGAAGCAGGACUUGAAGGCGGAGAAGCUGAUGAGGAAGGCUUCCAAGGACGUGUGCCGGCUCCGAGAGCAGAGCCAGAAGGUUCCGGUACAGGUGCAGUCUUUCAGGGUUUCAAGACAUUUUGCAUGUGACACUGAGAACGCCUGGGCCUUAACCACUCCUUGUCUCUUUCUCUUCAGGGAGAAGAUGGCCUACUUCACAAGAGCCAAGAUAAAUAUACCAUCGCUGUCAGCCGACGAUGUAUGAUCGUGUUUUAUAAAAAGAAUGAAGUAUUUUUCCAACUUUAUAGCAGAGUAUUUUAUUAGAAUAGCCACUUAAAUAAAAAAAUGAACAAAGAAAAAAAUUCCAGUAGUUUUACAUCAUAAGGGGUUAUGCAUUUGUACAAUACGUUGUAAUUGAAUACUGUCAUGUUAAAAAAAGAAAAGAAAAAAAAAACAGAAGAAAAACCUGGCUUUCUUUUUUUCCAGAGGAAACCAAAGUAGAGUUAAUUCUGGUACAUGUAUGUGCUGAUGAUGCUUUCUGUACAGUUUGUGUAUACGUGGCAAGGGUUUUUUUUUCCCGUAAGUAGGGACGCAGGAGGAGACGAAAUGACAGGGCUCUGCCGCUUGUCCGUGUUGCUUUGUCUCCCCCUGGUGUCGUACUUGGGGAUUGCGGGAUGGGGAGGGGGUGUCAGUGUUAUAAUGUGUGGUGCAUGAACGAGCCUGUCGAGCAAGGGACAGUCCUAGAAGAGCUACCUUUCAGAAGGCCAAGUUCCCUCAGAUUCAGUCACAACAAACAAACCCUGUGAAUGUAUGACGUUUUCCUUCUCCCGUUACUGCACUGAUUUGCAUUCUGCUUGUGUGUUUUUUAUUUUUUUUUGGUUGAUAAUUUGCACCUUUUAUUGCAGCCACCACUGCUUAAUCAGUAUUUUCUUGUUGUCAUAAUACCUUCCACAUUUGCAUACAUCUGCUCUAGCGAAAUGGCACGUCUUGUUAAGGCUGCUCGGAAAUGUGCUGAAAUCUUGGUUUAUUCACGGGAGAAGGCCGGUAAACCUCUUAUCUACUGUGUAGGCUCAACAGGUUCAAGCACAUGCCUUUUUACAUUUACAAAAAUGUUUUUUCUUUAUUUCUUUUCUUUUUUUUUUCAGAUUAUGCCUGACUGCUUGUCAGGCUAAACAAAUUGAGCAGACCGAACACAAAUAGUGCUGGUGGUGCAAAAAAAAGUGUGUUUUAUCUCUGACCAAUGCCAAAUGAAGGAUUUCAGCUUUGCAAUGCAAAGUGUGGGUGACUCCACAAAAGGGUGUAAAUGCGUGCUUCACGUCAUGGUAUUUAUUUUUCCCCCUCGUAGUUUUGUGUUUCCUCGCUCUUUAAUUCUGGUGGUGGCGCUCAGACAAAGAUCAAGACCCUUCAGUUUUUCCCCAACCCGAGAGUGUUGUCGUGGCCACUUCUGGGGCUGUACGUCAGUCAGUGCUGUCCAAACGAGGAGCUAUUAGCGGUCUACUCUGUUCAUUCUAUUCCUCGUAUAUUUCUCAUUUUUUAUUCUUUCUUUUAACUAGCUGAACAAGCACUAUUUAUACAAUGUUCAUUUAACUCUCCUCAGAUGGCUAAAAGCUACAAGAACAAACAAAAAUUUAUUUUGUUUUUGAGUGUUGAUUCAGAGUAUUUUUUCAGACCUAACCCUGUGACCAAAAAAGUAAAUAAAAUAAACAAGUGCAACACAAAGAACAUAAAAAUGAUAAAUUAAGCGUGACUUAUUGAUUCCUAAAGGCAGACAGACAAAGCAGCGAUCAAACUGUGAAUAAAUGUUGGCGUUGUAGCCACGUUAUCGCUGCUGUUAAGAUAACUUUCACAGCAGGCAUUCAUAUUCGAGAGAACCCCAUUCCAAUCCAUAACAAUGUCUCCAUUUGGCCCUCCAUCUCAGCGCGUGUACGCAGGCACAGAUCACGUGCUGUAUGCUCAUUUAAAGAGCGCUUAAGAGACCAGAAAUGAAUUGAAGGUUGCUCUUUCAGCUUGCCACACUUCCUUAUUUGUAAAAUGUACCUUAGAUGUUGGUAGAAACCUGUCUUUUUGAUUUAUUUUACAUUUAUUUAUUUGCUGUCUUAUUUAUGUUUUGGUUAUGUACAGUUCAGUUCUGGACAUUUUAUAAGUUAACACAUUUGAAGGUAGUGUUUUUCCCACUCAUCAGUUUUUUCUUAUAGACUAGUUGAAAUGGGACCAGACUUGGUAUCAAAUGCAGGUGCUUUUGCGUUAUGUUAUUAAUUGGAAUAUACAGAAUGAUUUGUACGUUAUUCGACAUAUGGAUUGUGCACGACGGACUGAUAUGAUUUCUGCUAUUGUGCACCGCACCCUGGGAUUGUUUUUCUCUGCUUGAGAACACCAUGUGCAGUGGAUUUGCCAGCUCGGGUAUAGAGAAGUGUGAUAAGGCAAAUCCAUUAGCUCAUGUUCUGAACCAAGAGAAAACAUAUCCUAAUGAGGUAUGUGCUCUGUGAGGAGUGUGCAUCUUAAAAUAAUUAAAUAUUAUCUCCAUGGCCAGCACAGCACAUGAUUCUGGAAAGUCUUCUCUUUUGGUCUCCCCUUAGAAAGCACAAAAAUGUGUGGUCAUCCAUUUUGUCUACCUGAUGCAUGUAGAUUAUUCAUCGCUUGCUGCUAGUCAGUGAUCUACAUACAUCUAAAGUCAUUUGAUCCCAAGUCUGUUUAGAGUACAAAUUCUUCCCUCUAUUCUGGUAUUUAGAUAUUCACUUUGGCUUGCAUUUCUAUUUUGUCAAUUAAUGGAUUGACAAAAUAUUUCUGUUUACUGUUUAUUAAUUGGUUUUCAAACAAAUUUAAUCUCUGUUCGAAUUGUAAUCAUGGUUAUAAGAUAUAAAUCUGAAUUAGUGUCAGUUGUUUCAAUAUUUAUGCCAUCUUUAAAUUGUAAAUAAUUGUAUUAUUCUUACAUAUCUGAAUGCAGAAUCAAAUUCACUCUAUAUUUUAUUAUUCUUUAGAUACAUGAGAAGUAUUGAAGCCAAUCUUGUUAUUUCAAGGGAUAUUAGGAAGUAUAGCGUAGAAAGCCAUUUUUUUUUGAUUAAGCAACACAAAUUUUUUUUACCACUUUAUUCAUUUUUUAAAUUUUAUUAUUUUCCAUUCCCAAAAUAACUUGAGUUAAUGGUCAGAACUGAACCCGGUUAUGAAUGAAUGACAUUAGCAUGUGUGUCUGUAUUGUGGAGUCGCCUGGAAUGGUUUGUGAACAGUAGAACAAAUGAGUAUUCCUGUCUUCACCAUUCAUGUGUUCCAGUGAUUGGUUUUAAAAAAAAUACAAUUUUUAAGCAAAA